AUGGCCCCCGAACUGAGAAAACGAACCAGAUCCGUCACUGGCAAGGAGCCUGUGGCGAAGAAGGCGGCCAAGGUUGAAAAGGUCGAGCCUGCGGCCGAGAAGGCGCCCAAGAAGGUGACCAAGAAGGCUACCAAGGAGGAGAAGGUCGAGAAGACUCCCAAGCGCAAAGCCCCCGAGGAGGCGCAAGCUUCUCCCGUCGCGGCGAAGAAGCAGAAGCCCGCCAAGGCGAACGCGAAGUCGAAGAAGUCUGCUGCCCCCGCGCCCGCCGAGCCCGCCGAGGAGGAGGAGAAGGAGGAGAAGGAGGCCGAGCCCGAAGCCACCGAGGAUGCCGAGACCUCUGUCGUAGCUUUCGAGGAGGAGGAUGACGACGAGGAGGUCGACGCCGACAUUGCCGCCCUCGCCGCCGGCCUGGACCCGGAGGACGCGCCAGCCGGCGACGGCACCGUCUUCAAGUCGGGCCAGGACGUGGGCAAGGUGCCCAAGUUCAAGAAGCAGAAGCAGUUGACAAACGGCAAAAAGGAGGAGCCCGGCGUGGUCUUCAUCUCCAGGCUGCCCCACGGCUUCUACGAGCACGAGCUCAAGGGCUACUUUUCACAGUUUGGCAACAUCACCCGCCUCCGGCUGGCGCGCAACAAGAAAUCCGGCGCGAGCAAGCACUACGCCUUUCUCGAGUUCGCCGAGGCCAGCACGGCCGAGAUCGUGGCCAAGACCAUGGACAGCUACCUGCUCUUCGGCCAUAUUCUGAAGGUGAAGACGGUGCCGGCGGAUCAGCUGCACGAGGACGUGUGGAAGGGCGCCAACAAGCGCUUCAAGAAGAUUCCCUGGCACAAGAUCGCCGCUGGUGAGGUGGCCAAGCAGAGGACCGAGUCCGACUGGACGCACAAGGUGUCCAAGGAGGAGAAGAAGAGGCUGGAGCGCGCCGAGAAGCUCAAGGCUAUCGGGUACGAGUUUGAGGCGCCCAAGUUGAAGGAGGCUGUUGCGCCGCCGCCUGAGCCCAUGGCUGUUGACGCGCCCGAGGAGACCAAGGCUAUCGAGGCUGCGCCGGUCGAGGAGGAGAAGGCUGCUGAGGAGGAGGAGGAGAAGGUCGCCGAGGUUGAGACGCCCAAGUCUGCGAAGAAGGCGACGCCCAAGGGCGGCAAGAGGAGAAAGUCCAGGGGUUAA